CGGGCGGGUCUGCUCGGGGCCCUGGCCGGGCGGAGCUCGAGCAGCCUGGCGCCCGCCCGCCCCGCGCACACGCGCGUGCAGCGCCCCGGAGCCCCGACCGCCCCGCGCCGCCCCUGUCCCCCCCCGGAGCAGAACCGGUCCCAGCGCCCGCGCCGCCAGUUAAAGUGCUGCAGGACGGGGCAGGGCCACCCGCUCCUGCUCGGCGGCGGCCGCCUGUCCGGGCCCUCGGGCCGAGCUGCGGCGGGAAAAAGUGUAUCACCUCAUUCCCCUCUGUGGAUAAGAAGACUUUGGCAAGAAGCAUGUGGCAUGUCCGGCGAGGCUGGAGGGGGCUCCUGGGACCACAGGGAGCCCUGGGAUGGGGAGCCCAGGGGCAAGCGCAGCUCCUGGGCCUUCGUGGUCUAGCGAGUGCAGGUUCCAAGAACAGGGAGGAGUACAGCUACGUGGUGGUGGGUGCAGGCUCUGCAGGCUGUGUGUUGGCCAGUCGGCUUACAGAAGACCCCAACGAGAACGUGCUGCUGCUGGAGGCCGGGCCCAAGGACCUGUGUGCAGGGAGCAAGCGGCUAUCUUGGAAGAUUCACAUGCCGGCAGCCCUCAUGAUGAACCUGUCUAACAACAGGUACAACUGGUGCUACCACACAGAGCCGCAGUCGGGCCUGGACAACCGAGUGAUGUACUGGCCACGCGGCCGUAUCUGGGGAGGCUCCUCAUCCCUCAACGCCAUGGUCUAUGUCCGGGGGCAUGCCGAGGACUACAACCGCUGGCACCGUGAGGGCGCUGAGGGCUGGGACUAUGCUCACUGCCUGCCCUACUUCCGCAAGGCACAGUGUCAUGAGCUAGGUGCCAGCAGGUACCGUGGUGGCGAAGGCCCCCUGCACGUGUCCCGGGGCAAGACCAACCACCUGCUGCACCAGGCAUUCCUGGAGGCAGUGAAACAGGCCGGCUACCCCUUCACUGAGGACAUGAACGGCUUCCAGCAAGAAGGCUUCGGCUGGGCGGACAUGACCAUCCAUGAAGGCAAGCGCUGGAGCACAGCCUGUGCCUACCUGCACCCGUCCCUGAGCCGCAGCAACCUCAAGGCCGAGGCCCGGACAUUUGUGAAUAGGGUGCUGUUUGAGGGCACCCGUGCAGUGGGUGUGGAGUAUGUCAAGAAUGGCCAGAGCUGCAGGGCUUAUGCCAGCAGAGAGGUGAUCCUGAGCGGAGGUGCCAUCAACUCUCCACAGCUGCUCAUGCUCUCGGGUGUCGGCAAUGCAGAUGACCUCAAGAGACUAGGCAUCCCUGUGGUGUGCCACCUGCCUGGAGUUGGCCAGAACCUGCAAGACCAUCUGGAGAUAUACAUUCAGCAGGCAUGCACCCAACCCAUCACCCUCCACUCAGCACAGAAGCCCCUGGAGAUGGUCCACAUUGGUCUGGAGUGGCUCUGGAAGUUCACAGGGUAUGGAGCCUCUGCCCAUCUGGAAACAGGGGGGUUCAUCCGCAGCAAGCCUGGGGUCUCACACCCGGACAUCCAGUUCCAUUUCCUGCCAUCCCAAGUGAUUGACCACGGACGGGUCUCCACUCAGCAAGAGGCUUAUCAGGUGCAUGUGGGGCCCUUGCGGAGCACAAGUGUGGGAUGGAUCAAACUGAAAAGUGCCAAUCCACAGGACUACCCGGUGAUCCAGCCCAACUACUUGUCAACAGAAUCGGAUAUUGAGGGCUUCCGCCUGUGUGUGAAGCACUCCAGAGAAAUCUUCUCACAGGAAGCCCUGGCUCCGUUCCGGGGGGAAGAGCUCCAGCCAGGAAGCCACGUUCAGUCAGAUAAAGAGAUAGAUGCCUUUGUGCGGGCAAAAGCCGACAGUGCCUACCACCCCUCGUGCACUUGUAAGAUGGGCCAGCCCUCUGAUCCCACUGCGGUGGUGGAUCCACAGACCAGGGUCCUUGGGGUGGAAAACCUCAGGGUCAUCGACGCGUCCAUCAUGCCCAGCAUAGUCAGCGGCAACCUGAACGCCCCCACAAUCAUGCUUGCAGAGAAAGCAGCUGACAUUAUUAAGGGGCAGCCUUCACUGUGUGACAAGGAUGUCCCUGUCUACAAGCCCAGGACCCUGGACACCCAGCGUUAAGGCCAUCACUGCCCCCUGAGACACUAAGAGGGCCAGCACAGCCUUGCUCCAAAUCUCCUUUCUGAAGCUGUCUAGAACAUUGGAACUUGGGAGGCACCCUGUUACAUGGCUGAGAAUUGGAGAAUUUCUUGAGAAAUAAGACUGGUGGUAGGCAGAGAAGCAAGCUCCUUGUUUUUGGUGUUUCCCUGUGGGCCCUUGGGGGAAAGCCAGGAGUCAGGCUGAGGCCUCUCCCCCGUGUGUCCUGGAGGGUCACUCCUGCCAUGUCCUUGCCCUAUGUUCACAGGGUGCUAACACAGGGUCCUGCUGCCUGGAAGGCAGUGGUCCUUUCCCAGGCCUCUCUCUUUGGGCAGUCCCCUGAGAGCAGGGUGCUGGGUUCCCAGGCAGACGCAUCCUCCAGCUUCAGCAGCAUCACACAGUACUUAGCUUGAGCUUUACUUAAGUCCCCAGUGUCCUUGUUCAGGGGGAAAUUUGCUAGCAGAAAAGUGGGCUUUUCUUGUUCUUUCACUUCCUAGUCUCCACCCAGUGAGGUGGGUAACUGGGGCCCUGCUAGGUCACUAAGGGGCUAUAGCCCACUUCUCCCAUGCGCUGGUUCUUAUUAAAUAUGAUCAGCCAUGAUGAGAGGAUUUCUGAACCUUGUUCGAGGAGAGAAGGGUCUGGAGGGAAUGACACUUGGCUUCACUACCAAAGGUUUCAUGAUUUAGCAUUUUAAAAGAUUUUCCUAUUACCAGGAAAUGCAAAGCAAACUCCACAUACCACAUGUCGGCUUCAUACUGAGGUAGCUAGCCCGAGAGAGAAUUCUUUCAUGUCAGCCCUGGGAAACGACCCAGAGCCAGCACCGCCCACAGUGGACAGGGCUGGUUAAUUCCUAUUCUCUAGAAGUCCCUGGAGACAGACGAGGAUGAAACUGAAACUGGGGGGAAAAAACAGAUACAAGUAGCAUUUACAUAGCUCUUUGAUUUUUAAAUUUCUCGUAAUUCAAUAAUAUCAUUUAGUAGCUUAUUUUUGAAUUGAGAUAUCGUAUCCAGACUGUUCCUACAAGGUAACAGAACUGUUUUUUGGAUUUACUUUCUUGAAGAUACCCACAGCUGCCACCCCACAGCCCUCUGGGUCUUGGAGUGGCUGCAGGGCAUCGGCCUUGCCAUUUGGGGGGUCCCCACAUAGUCCUCCUGUCAGAGAGCACGUGUUGAUUUGGGUAAGGGGUGAGAAGUCAAAGGCACAUGUAAGGGGGCAUCCCAGGCCAAACCAUGACUGUGUUGACCCUUCCUUUCUGGUAUGGAUAUGGAUGAGGCUGAUGACCAUCAGGCCCGCCAUCUCUGCAUCGUGUGGCAUGUCAGCCUCUGAGACAAUGGUAAAUUCAGGCCAGCAGCUAUAUUUUAAGAUAAGCAAAAUGAGGGGCCGAGCGAGGUGGCUCAUGCCUGUAAUCCCAGCCCUCUGGGAGGCCGAGGCUGGUGGACUGCCUGAGCUCACAGGUUGGAGACCAGCCUAAGAACAAGACCCCGUCUCUAAAAAUAGUGGGGCGUUGUGGCGGGCACCUGUAGUCACAGCUACUUGGGAGGCUAAAGCAAGAGAAUGGCUUGAGCCCAAGAGUUUGAGGUUGCUGUGAGCUGUGAUGCCACGGCACUCUACCAAGGGUGACAAUGUGAGACUCUGUUUCAAAAAAACAAAGCAAAAUGACAUGAUAAAAGGAGCUCGUCCACCAUGCUACUCAAUGGCAUCCAGGCCCCCUCUCGCCAUAGAAUAUUGAGGUAUGGUCUACUCAAUUGCACAAUUCAAUUUAGCCAUACAUGGAAAUGAGCUUCAAGGGAAAAAAAAAAACAGUGUGUGUUGCACGUCCAGAACCUGUCUGAAAAUUCCCUGCCGUGGGGGGAGCCUUUAGCCCAGAUAGGCUGCAGCUGAGGAAGCCAGAGUGGGUUGAGUGGAGGCUCCACUAGGUUAGUCUUGUGGGGAAUCAGCUCCUUUGUAAAAAGUUGAAAUAGCUAAAAACAGAAGAAGAUACUUUGUAAAAUAAAAUGGUUGGAAAAGCGCAACAGAAUGCUGUGGUGUGCCCGGGGCCCGGAGAGCGCUGCCCUGUUGAAGAAGCCUGUGGGUGAGCUGCUGCGUCAGCAGGAGGCUGUUCUAGUGGAAUGAAGGCCACCACGGCAGCGCCUGGCAGGCUGCGUGUGGGUGCGGAGCACCGGCAGCACGCCCGGGGCUGUGGGCACCCAGACAUGGGGCCUUUCUGCUGAUGGCACAUGCACAAUAACUCCCAUAAAUUCAAGUGGAUUCUUCUCUCUAGCCUAACCUUGUCCUAAUCCCAGAAAUUAUUUUAUUUUCCAUUGAUUAAUCCAACUUAACAUCAAAUAUAUACUUUUUUUUUUCUAUUAAAAAUCAGAAAAAUGUAGUCUUUGCUGGGCCAGGCCAUCCCAGACCACACCAUCACUCCAUCACCUAACUCUGGAAGCCAGGGUAUAGGCCUGCUCCUUGUCUUCCUCCUGCCCUCCCUGUCCCCAGUAGAGGAGGACAGAGAUCAUUGUAGAGAAAUAAAAACCUUUCGACAAAUGAAAGCCUAGCUGGGGGACUCAGUUUUUGAAUUGGGGUGGGCAGGGGGCAGCUGGGACUCUGUGUAUCAUCAGCUCUAUUGCUAGCCAGUUUUUGAAAUCAACACACAGCCGCUCAGAACACUAAAAGCCUGUGUAGGAAAACACAAUUGGCUAAGACACAGAAGUCUGAAAAAGCAUGCAACGUGAAAUCAGACAGACUGCUCUGGUCCCCGAGUGGUCCACUGGGUGGUGCAUGGUGCAGGGGACCCACACCCUGUCCAGUGCAGCCAGAGCUCGGGGCCCUCACAGCCCAACCUCCAGCUCUGAAGCUUCUCAGGAGAGCUGCUACCUGGCUAAGCAAGGGUCCAGCUGUUUGGGUGGAAAUCGAGUCUGUAUGCCGAGCAGAGAUGGUUCUUCAUGAGGUUCUGUCAGCUGAUGAUUAAAAUCAUAACUGCCAUUUCCAUUUUGUGAGAUUAUGAAAAACAAAGGAUUGAAGGAACUAAAUGUACUCUUCCUGCGGAUAAAAAAUUAUUUUAGGGGGAGGGGAAACCAAAAAGGAGAGACAUUUAUUCGUAAAACUUUCAUAAAGGAGGGAAAAAAACAAAACAAAACAUGCUCUACAACUUCAAAUUUUUCUUCCAAAGAAAAAUUUAAUAUUAGAUGAGAGGUUGAACCAGGCUUAAAGCAGACAGAUAGUAGGAAGUGGGACAGCCUGUAAAAAUGCCAGUUUUUAAGGACUGACUUUGGAAAAGGUCACCGCCACACCAGAUGCUGGUAUGGCGAUUUUUGGCCUGAUGUUAAAGCCACACAGUAAGACCAAUACCCAACAGAGAGACACAGAGUCCAAGAUAAUGUUGACAGUGGUGUAGCCCUUUUGGAGAAAUGGUACUCCCUGCAGCUGGUAUUAAGUUACUAUUGGCACCAAAGGAGCCGGAAGGUAAGAGAACCUCCGUAAUUACAGAACUGCCCUCGCAGAGUACCUGCCCCUUCAGAAGCUCUCACUGGCAAAUGCCAGCUCUGUGCAAGGAGAGCUCCCAUAUAUGACAAAAUUAUUACACAGUUUUAUUCUGAAGAACAUUCUGUAUUUUAAUAAAAAAGGAUUUAUGUCAGGAAAUAGUCAUUUACAAACCUUGAAGUGUUUUUGCCUGGAUCUGGAGUACGAAUGUCUUAAGAAGAGGUUUGUAAGGUCUUCAUAACAAAGUGGGUGUUAUUUACAAAAAAAAAAAAAAAAUUAACAGGUUGUCUAUGUUCUAUUUAAAAAUUUUGAACCAAAA